GUUGUGCCGUUAAUAUAACUACCCACUAAUAUUUUGGACGUAAAUCCUAGCCAUAAGUCGAGUGUAGAGUGUAUCUUUUUAUCUUAAUUGCCGCGUGUGUGAUAAACGAUUUAUGUUUUUGUCGAGUAGCUUUAACAAAUAAUCUCUCGCUACCUUCGCCUGACAAUGCAGAACCAUAUCAAGAAUGAAACUGUGAUCAGCACAGCCGGGGCAACAAUUGAUCCCAAAGAUGACUACGAUCCACAGGUGCAUAUCAAGAAUGAAAUUGUGAUCAGCACGGCCACGGCAACAAUUGAUCUGAAAGAUAACUAUGAUCCACAUAUGCAUCGGAAUGUUAAGAACCCAACCAACAAUUGGCAAACAUUUGCACACUUCCUGAAGGCUUCCAUAGGCACCGGCGUGCUGGCCAUGCCCAGCGCCUUUGCGCAUGCGGGCUACGUCAAUGGACUCGUGUUCACAGUUAUUAUAGGUCUGCUGGCCUUAUACUGCCUGCACAUCCUGAUUGACUGCAUGUACAUCCUAUGCAAGCGUCAGCGUGUGCCUUAUGUCAGCUUCUCGGAGGCCAUGAAGCUGGGUCUGCAGCAGGGUCCCCCUUGUCUGCGUUGUCUAGCGCCGAUUGCCGCGCCAUUUGUGGAUGGCUUUUUGGCCUUCUAUCACUUUGGCAUCUGCUGCGUCUAUGUGGUCUUCAUAGCGGAGAGCAUUAAGCAGCUCGUGGAUGAGUAUCUGGUCGAGUGGGAUGUGCGCCUGCACAUGUGCCUUCUCAUAGUUCCACUUUUGUUGAUAUUCAGCAUACGCAACUUGAAGCUGCUAGCGCCAUUCUCCAGUGCUGCCAAUUUGUUGCUCUUUGUGGGCUUUGGCAUUGUCUUGUAUUAUAUUUUGGUCGAUUUGCCGCCGCUAAGUGAACGCGAUGCCUUUGUGCAUUAUUCCAAGCUGCCCACCUUCUUUGGUACCGUGCUGUUUGCUCUGGAGGCGGUAGGCGUGAUUCUGGCCAUAGAGGAGAACAUGGCGACGCCUCGCGCCUAUGUGCAGCCCUGUGGCAUCAUGAACUGGGGCAUGUCCAUCGUCUUGAGUCUCUAUGUGUUCCUUGGCUUCUUCGGCUACUGGAAAUACGGUGCAGAAGCAAAGGGAAGUGUUACGCUGAACAUUCCACAAACAGAAAUUCUCGCCCAGGUGGUGAAAAUCUUCUUUGCCAUCACCACGUAUAUAUCCUAUGCGCUGCAGGGCUAUGUCACGGCGCACAUUCUGUGGACAAAGUAUCUGAGCAAACGUAUUGAGAAUACCAAAAAGCAUGCUUUCUACGAGCUGUGCUUUCGGGCGCUGAUUGUGCUGCUCACCUUUGGCUGCGCCAUUGCCAUACCGGAUCUGUCGCUAUUUCUGUCACUCGUUGGCUCCUUUUGCCUAUCGGUAUUGGGUCUCAUCUUUCCGGCGCUGCUGCAAAUCUGUGUGCAAUACGAGACGGGCUAUGGACCAGCGGGCUAUAGGCUUCUGGUCAAUUUGCUGUUGCUGCUGUUUGGCAUUUUUGGCGGCGUGGUGGGCACCUAUGUCAGCAUUGUGGACAUUAUCAAGUCGUUUUCAGGACAGCUAGCUUAAGCUAGGGCCAUCUA